GCGUUCGCGUUCGCGAGCGAUCGCAAGGCGCACGCGCUGGUGACGGGCGGCGCGGGAUUCAUCGGGUCGCACUGCGCCGAGGCGCUGCUGCGGCGCGGCUACGCGGUGACGACGGUGGAUAACAUGAGCCGAGGGAACGCGGGCGCGGUCGAGGCGCUGCGAAGGAUGGCGCCGAAGGGAAGCCUGCGAGCGGUGCGAGGGGAUCUGGGCGUCGUCGAGGACGUGGACGCGGCGUUCGGGAACACGAACAUGCCGGUGGACGCGGUGUUUCACUUCGCGGCCAUCGCGUACGUGGGGGAGUCGAUGGCGGAUCCGGUGAGGUAUUACUCGAACAUCACGACGAACACGGUGAAUUUAUUGCGAGUGAUGCAGGCGAAAGAUGUGAGGAAGAUGAUUUACAGCUCGACGUGCGCGACGUACGGGAACGUGGAGAAGUUGCCCAUCACCGAGUCGACGCCGACGAGGCCGAUUAAUCCGUACGGCAAGUCCAAGUUGUACGCCGAAAACGCGAUCAAGGAUUACGCGCUGGCGAAUCCAAAGUUUAAGGCGUCGAUUUUGCGGUAUUUCAACGUGUUCGGGGGCGAUCCCGAGGGCGUGUUGGGCGAGUUGCCGCGCGCGGAGUUGCGCGAGCACGGGAGAAUUUCCGGCGCGUGCUUCGACGCGGCGAUGAAGAACAUCGACAAGCUCACGGUGAUGGGGACGAAGCACCCGACGCGGGACGGGACGACGAUACGAGACUUUGUGCACGUCGUAGAUUUAGUGGACGCGCACAUAGCGGUGGCGGAAAAGAACAAAUUUGAUAAUCCUCCGUCGUUGUACAACGUCGGCACGGGGAGCGGCGUGAGCAUGCGAGAGUUCGUGGAGACGUGUAAAAAGGUGACGGGCGUCGACAUAGAGAUUCACUAUCGCGCUGAACCUCGGCCCGGAGAUUACGCCGAGGUGUACGCGAACGUGGACAAGAUCAAACACGAGCUCGGGUGGGAGGCAAAGUACACGGAUUUGCACGAGAGCCUGACGCACGCGUGGAAGUUUAGAAAAACG